CUAACACGCAAUUAGACUGUAAAAAACUCUCUUUAAGCCAGCCAGCCAGCUAGCUUUGGCUUCCAUUGACAGCUCCUUUGAUUCUCUCUCUCUCUCUCUCCCCCUCUCUUUUCCCAAGAAGCAACGUAGCAACCCCAGAAACACCUUCCCUCAACAAAACCAGGCAUACCCUCUCUCCCUCUCCUAUUUCAUAUAAAUCUCUCUCCUUUACUGUGUUCCAGCAUCCAAGUCUAUACUCUCUCUCUCUCUCUCCGUGUGUCUGAAGUUGGUUUGUGAGAUAAGGGAUGGUGCAGCACCUGCGAUACCAUCAGCUGAAAAAGGGUGAAGAGUUUGAGGUUGAUGAAGAUGAUGAGUCACAUGCUCUUGUUUUGGUGUGUGGAAAUUCUGGUUAUAACAAGAGAACAAGACCAAAACUUUUCUAUCUUCUUUUUCUCUCUCUUCUCUCUUGCAGCUUGAUUUUAGCCCUUCAGUUCCUAACCUCUACCUCAACUUUUUCUCUCUUAUAUUCAUCGGGGUUGAAGAUGAAGCCCAUGCUGCUGGAGUGGAUGCAAAUGCUUCAAUAUGUUCUUCAGUCCCUAAUGGGACCAUAUGUUGUGAUAGAAGCAGUAUCAGGUCUGACAUAUGUAUCAUGAAAGGGGAUGUAAGAACACACUCUGCUUCCUCUUCAAUCCUUCUUUAUACCUCAAAAAACACCAAUGGUUUCAUCAACUAUGUUUCGGGUGAUGGCGAAGAAGAUGAAGGAGAGGAAAUCCAACUCGAAAAGAUUAGGCCAUAUACCCGAAAAUGGGAAGCAAGUGUAAUGCAAACCAUUGAUGAAUUAGACCUCAUUUCCAGGACUGGAAAUUUGGGGAAUGGUCAUCACUGUGAUGUUCAUCAUAAUGUUCCAGCAGUGUUUUUCUCGACCGGGGGAUAUACUGGUAAUGUUUAUCAUGAAUUCAAUGAUGGGAUUUUGCCUCUCUACAUUACUUCUCAGCAUUUGAACAAGAAGGUUGUGUUUGUUAUUCUUGAGUAUCAUAGUUGGUGGUAUACCAAGUAUGGUGACAUUCUUUCACAUCUUUCGGACUAUCCACCGAUUGAUUUUCAUGGAGAUAAUAGAACCCAUUGCUUCCCAGAAGCCAUUGUUGGUCUAAGGAUCCAUGAUGAGCUCACAGUGGAUCCUUCUUUGAUGGAAGGGAGUAAGACCAUAAAAGAUUUUCGGGACCUUCUAGACCGAGCUUAUUGGCCUCGAAUUAGAGGCUUGAUUGAAGAUGAGGAAAGGGAAGCCCAAUUGAAUAUGACAGGGCAACUUGCUUUACCACCAUCAUCCAAGAUCCCAAUGGAAAGAACAAAAGGAAUGGAAUUAGUAUUAAAGAGACCAAAACUACUCAUACUAUCUCGAAAUGGGUCAAGGGCAAUAACUAAUGAAGAUUCAUUGGUGAAGAUGGCGGAGCGAAUUGGUUUUCGUGUGGAGGUUUUGAAGCCUGCGAGUACAUCAGAGCUGGCAAAGAUUUAUCGAGCUCUUAAUUCAAGUGAUGUGAUGAUUGGAGUCCAUGGUGCAGCCAUGACACACUUCCUCUUCAUGAGGCCUGGCUGUGUGUUCAUCCAAGUGGUACCCCUUGGAACUUCAUGGGCUGCAGAGACUUACUAUGGAGAACCAGCAGUGAAGCUUGGUUUGAGGUAUAUUGGCUAUGAAAUCCUUCCAAGAGAGAGCUCAUUAUACGACGAAUACAAUAAAAAUGAUCCUGUUCUGAGAAAUCCAAGUGCUGUGACUGAAAAAGGAUGGGAAUUUACUAAGAAGAUCUAUCUUGAUCGUCAAAAUGUGAGGUUAAAUCUAAAUAGAUUUGGGAAGCGGUUGGUUCGUGCCUACGACUACUCUGCCACAAGGAAGAACCGGAAUGUUCAUCUUCAGUCACAGUAGUUCUCAAUCUUCUAUGAACUGCAGCCAUUAUUUACUCUUGAACACAUUCAAUCGAAUUCUUCUGCAUUGUAAACUAGUAAGCAAAAGAUUGGGAAGAUGCUUGUAUAGGUUAGUGAGAUUAAAUUUCUUCUUCUGUACAUUUAAGUAGCAUAACAACUGAGCUCAAUUUUGGUGUAUAUUAAAGCUUUUUGGGAAACAAUUUA